UCAAUAUAAGUGUGUUCAAUAUGUCCUCUAUCAUGGAGAGAAAGGAAUAUAGAGUAUCGUUAGUUGAACAAUUACAAGGUAUGAAAGAAGCAGAAGAGAUUUGUAAUGCAACAAUACAAAAACACGGCCCAACUACAGACCUACUAUGUCCUCCUGUGUGGGAUCAUAUAAUGUGUUGGAGGUCUGCAAAAGCAGGGACAACCGUGUCAGCUCCGUGCCCUAGUUAUAUAGACAGAUUCCUCGUCAAUGGUGUUGCGAAAAGGACAUGCACGAUUGAUGGUACGUGGUACAUAAAUCCACAUACGAACAGCACAUGGACAAACUUCACUUAUUGUAUGGAAAGUGAAAAUAGUCGAAACUUAUUAAAAAAAAAUCUAAAUCAUAUACAGACUAUUUCUUUGGCAGGCUAUACGCUUUCUAUCGUAUCCCUUAUUAUUGCGGUGAUCAUGCUUCUAAGACACAGACACAGCAUAGGCUCUAAUCGACCGCGGUCGAAGAUAACCACUCUACAUUUAAACUUGUUCAUCGCUUACGGCCUAAGAUACAUCACAUCACUUUUGAUGGAACACGUAUUUUCCAGCAGCACCAUUAAACAACAGGCAGGGGAGAUCACUGAAUUGCAGAUUCAAAACUCGCAUUGGGGGUGUAAGCUGACCAUGACGUCUUUUGUGUACACUCUACUAGCCAGCACUGUGUGGCUUAGUGUUGAUGCUUCUGUCCUCGUGUGGAUGAUCUGUUGCAACCCGUUGUAUUUUCAAAAACGAAACAACAUUUUCCCUCAUCUUUUAAUAGGAUGGGGUGGACCUUUGUUUAUUGUCAUACCUUGGGUUAGUCUGCGGAGUCUCUUAGAUGAUGAAAUGUGUUGGAUGACGAUCGAUAUAAACAACUAUGAGUCUUGGGAGGCAUGGUUGUUCUUAGGCCCCGUACUUAUUAUUAAUUCGGUAAACAUCGUUUAUUUAUUCCUGAUAGGCAGGUUUGUCAGAAAGAACCACAUGAUGAAGAAAACUAGCAGCAACUCCACAGAACUAUUCAGAAGACAUUACAGUAGGCCAAAAGAACACACCAUUACCACAAUACUAAACACAGCGAGGCUUGUCUGUAUCCUCAUUCCUUUACUUGGAGUCCCUGAUAUUAUCCUCACAAUUUUGUCAUUUUGGCCAAAUAUCCACUACUUGUACGCUGAUAUGAUUUUCAGUUCGUUCCAGGGUUUUAUGUUAGCCGUUAGUCUAUGUUUAUCGGAAAGAAAGGCUGUCCAAGAUUUUAGAAGCAUUGCUUUACCUUGCAGAAAAUUAACAAGGAGGGUGUCCAGAACAUCCUCUACUGGGGAAAACACGAGCGUUAAUACUUAAAAAAUAAGAUAUCAUUUUUAGAGUUUUAUUGGGAUAUGACAUGAAGUCGGUCACGUGGGAUCAAAUUUUAUAACGCCCGAAGGUAUUGUUUUAAUAAGUAGAUGCUAGCAGAUGAAACACUCUUAAAAAUACCUUUAAAAAAAACUGCUAAAAUGUUUGCUAUUACAGGGGGAAAUGAUAUAAAGUACGAGGCCCAUGGACCACAAAGCUCACUUAAAUAAUUUUAGCCCUUCUGAUCUUAAGAUUUUCAAAAGAUUUCUCUCCUUUAUAUAUAUUUCAUUGAAAAAAAUUGUGACACCAUAUUAUAACCUCAUCCUAACUUUAAGGGUAUUUGAAUCAACAAAACGUACGGAUGCUACAAUAUCAGUAUGACUAAAUUGUGGCCCUGCAUUUAAUUCUUUUCAUGUAUACACGCAUUUUGUAAAAUUUGAACAUAAUUUAAGCCAACUCUAAUCCAGGGUCUAUAAUUGGAAAAAAAUGAAUCCACUCAACUUGGAAAUGUCUGCAAAUUAAUGGUUCUAUUAUAGUUCUUAAGAGGAUUUUUGAAUUUUGUUUCUUAUAUAGUCCAAUGUUAAACUUUGAUCUGUGCUGUGGCUUUGUCCUACCCCUGGGCAGGAUUUGAACAAUUUAGAAUCUACACAAUGUAUGGAAACGUUUGAAAACUUGGUGAAAAGAAGACAAAGCUUACAUACUAGUAAUAAAAUGUCUUAAUUGUUGAACAUAAUGUGUCAAAAACGUAUUGUCUAAUUGUUGCUAUAAAUAAUUAUAUUUAGCGAGGGGUUGCCAUGAAAACAAUAAAUAAUGCAACAAUCUCA